AGGAUAUGCAACAAGUUUGGACCAUGCAUCCCCUGUGCUGACAGAGGCUCGGGCUGGGGAGAGGCAGCUCUGCAAUCCAGACUUUCAUCACCACACAAAGUUGGACAUUUCAGAGAAGUUUCCAGUCUGUCCGACCAGUUAAACCUGCUUUUAUUUUCCCAAAAAUAGACUGCAGUGUUUUGACCAAAGUGUGAGAGGCUCUCUGAUCUGAAGUCCACUUUUAAAUGCUGACUGGUUUGCGGCCAGUGAGUGCACAGCCGAGCUGCCAGUGCCAUUACAUUUUUAAUUCAAGAUCAGCAGAGAACAGGUUAAUUUUUUACCAUUUGGUCACAACACCAUGGAGCUGACAUACAGGAGCGUUGUGCUGCUGGGGUGCAUCUUCCUGGACUGGGCUCUUCUGGUUUCUGCAGAGGAAGAGGUCCUGAUGAACACGAAGACGGAGACUUCUGAUCUCAAAUGGACCAUCUUCUCACAUGCCAAACCCGCGUGGGAGGAAGUAAGCGGUUUGGAUGAGGAGAACAACAGCGUGAGGAUCUAUCAGAUCUGGCAGAGCGACAGCUCGUCCAGCCACUGGCUUCGCAGCGGCUUCAUCCAGCGACAAGGAGCGUCUCAGGUUUACGUGGAGCUGCGGUUCACCAUGAUGGAGUGUUCCUCCACCAGCACCCACCACCGCAGCUGUAAGGAGACCUUCAACCUGUACUACUACCAGGCCGACUCAAACGAGGCCACAUCCUCCUACCCGCCCUGGAUGGAGAACCCGUACACCAAGGUGGACACGGUGGCUGCAGACUUUCUGCUGAGGAAGGGUGGGGAGCGGAAAUUCAAUGUGAAGACCUUAAGAUUCGGCCCACUGUCAAAGAGAGGCUUCUACUUGGCCUUUCAGGCUCAGGGCGCCAGCAUGGCCCUGCUGUCCGUCAGGGUGUUCUUCAAAAAGUGUCCCCCACUGGUCAGUGCUCUUUCCUCCUUCUCCGAGACGGUGCCCCGCACUCUGGUGCAGGAGGCGCAGGGUGUGUGCGUGGAGAACGCCGCCCAGCAGGGGCCUCGACCUCGGCCGCCGAAACUCUUCUGCGGGGAGGACGGCCAGUGGGUGGGCCAGCCGACAACCUCCUGCGCCUGUCAACCGGGAUUUGAGUCCUCUGAAGGACACACUAGAUGCACAGGUUGUCCCGUUGGUCACUUCAAGUCGGCCUCAGACGGACAGUGCACAGGAUGUCCAGGAUUCAGCCACGCCACCACCGGAGGAGCGUCAGUGUGUGCGUGUCGCUCUGGAUACUUACGUGCAGAGUCGGACUCUCCAAACGCCCCGUGCACUAGACCUCCCUCGGCUCCGCGCAGCAUCACCACCCAGAUCAACGACACCACGCUCAGUCUGGCGUGGAACGAACCUCUGGACAACGGCGGCAGAACGGACCUGAGCUACGCCGUCAGGUGCUCCGUGUGCAGGUCACCUAAGGGGCCGUGCCUCUCCUGCGGGGACAGCGUCAGCUACCGGCCAGCUUCGCUCGGCCUGCCGGGCCGCAGGGUGGAGGUGUGGGGCCUGCUGCCUCAAACCACGUACGCCUUCACAAUCCAGACGCUCAACGGGGUGUCUCAGGUUAGCGGCAAGGAGCCUGCCAGCGAAAGUGUCAACAUCACCACGAGCCAUGACGUGCCGUCGCUGGUGUCUGUGAUUCGGAAGAGUGACUCCACAGAGAGCAGUCUGACUCUGCACUGGUCAGUACCAGUUCAGCCUCACUACACCAUCCUGCAGUAUCAGCUGCGCUACUGUGAGAAGGAGCGACGCAGCGAAGAUCAGUGCCACUACACGGAGAGCAACAGAAACCAGGCGGUGCUGACGGACCUCCGCAGGGCCACUCAGUACGAGGUGCAGGUUCGAGCACGCACCAUGGCCGGUUAUGGCAGCUUCAGUCCCGUGGCCAUGUUCCGCACGCUGCCUGACGGUCAAGACUCUGCCGCCCAGUUCUUAGUACCUGGCAUCCUUAUCGCCGUGGGGAUGUUGCUGCUUGUCACGUUCGUCUUAGUGGCCGCCUACUGCAUACGCAGACACAGCCGAGUAAAGGAUCCAGAGCUGAGCGACAAAAACAGCCAGUACCUUGUUGGCCAAGGGGUCAAGGUUUAUAUCGACCCCUUCACCUAUGAGGACCCUAAUGAGGCCGUGCGAGAAUUUGCCAAGGAAAUUGAUGUUUCCUUUGUCAAGAUCGAGGAGGUUAUCGGCGCUGGAGAGUUUGGGGAGGUGUGUCGAGGGCGACUGAAGGUCCCAGGGAAAAAAGAAAACUACGUAGCCAUUAAGACACUCAAGGGAGGCUUCACUGACAAGCAGAGGCGGGACUUCCUUUCUGAAGCGUCCAUCAUGGGUCAGUUCCAGCACCCCAACAUCAUCCACCUGGAGGGGAUCAUCACAGCCAGCUGUCCAGUCAUGAUCCUCACAGAGUUCAUGGAGAACGGAGCUCUGGACUCGUUCCUGCGGCUGAAUGACAGCCAGUUCACUCCCAUCCAGCUGGUGGGGAUGCUGCGUGGCAUCGCCUCUGGCAUGAAGUACCUGGCAGAGAUGAGCUACGUCCACCGAGACCUGGCCGCCCGCAACAUCCUGAUCAACAGCAACCUUGUGUGCAAGGUGUCCGACUUCGGCUUGUCGCGCUUCCUGCAGGAGAACUCUUCUGACCCGACUUAUACCAGCUCACUGGGAGGUAAGAUCCCAAUACGCUGGACAGCACCAGAGGCGAUUGCCUUCAGAAAGUUUACUUCAGCUUCAGAUGUCUGGAGCUAUGGCAUUGUGAUGUGGGAGGUCAUGUCUUUCGGAGAGAGACCGUAUUGGGACAUGAGCAACCAGGAUGUCAUCAAUGCCAUAGAGCAGGACUACCGGCUGCCACCACCCCCUGACUGCCCGACCCAUCUGCACCAGCUGAUGCUGGACUGCUGGCAGAAGGACCGCUCGGCGCGCCCUCGCUUCUCGGACCUCGUCAGUGCUCUCGAUAAGCUCAUCCGUAACCCUGCAUCACUGAAAAUAGUGGCCCAAGAAGGAGCAGGGCCGUCUUACCCCCUGCUGGACCAGCGCGCACCUUUAGCCCUCUCGUCAUGUGCCUCGGUGGGGGAAUGGCUCAGGGCCAUCAAGAUGGAGCGCUACGAAGACAGCUUCUUGCAGGCCGGCUUCAACUCAGUGGACCAGCUGAACCAGAUCACCACACAGGAUCUGCUGCACAUGGGAGUGACUUUGGCUGGGCACCAGAGGAAAAUCCUUUCCAGCAUCCAGACGAUGACCUUUCGGAACAAGAGCACUGCGACUGUGACCUUCUAGCUCACCUCGUCUCGCAGCCAGGACUUGAACGCCGGCACACUGGUGCAGCCAUGCACUUAGAGCACUCUGGAUUCUCUCAUUUGACCCACUUUUGAACACGGACUCCAAGGGAAAUCGGCAGAAUUUACUCAUGACCAAAAAAUUCUUCGAAAAAUGAACGAUUUAAGAUGACUUUCACAUCAGAAAGAGAGAGUUGUCCAGACCGAGGCAUGUCCCUGACAUCCACAGUGACCAAGUUGACGUUUUUUUUAAAGUUUGUGGUCAGUGUUUUUGUAUCUACCUGAAAUAAGGACCCAGUAAAUGUGCUGAACCAAGAGGGGAGACUGAUCAGGAUUUACAAAGUUUCUGUUGAAUCAUGUCAUUUUGGAAAACUGGCAGUGGACUGGUUUGUUGUCCCAGUAAAAAAGACACUUCACCUGAGGAGACAAAAAGAAAUGCCAGUGACAAUUCAAGGGUCAUCAGUUUUCAUAUUGUUGUAAUUAUGAAUGAGAACUGCUUACACCUUGGGUGUCUUGCAUUUAAUCCAUCUGGAUUACAUCACUACAUGAAAGAAUUUUCACACUGAGACUGAACAUUUUAACAGUUGGAUUUUACUUCUUUGUUUCUGUUUGAUUUCAACAUUACCUCCUCUUUACUCAGGUGUGAUGUGUAAUGCAAAACUUUGGAGAGCGCUGCUCGUUCGUCCUAAUCACACUUCUUUCAUCUUCUUCAGUCUCUUUCUUCAUCGGCUCCACAGCAUGUGAGAAGAGAGACGCAGAGACAUAUCAGCACUUUUGUCAUUUCAGAGUGAAUUGUAAUCAUCAGUAGCUCCAUGUGUUUUUCUCGGAGUGGUUGGUUAUUUCUACUGCCUGUGUUUCCGCUGGCAGCUCGGUUUUAUUGUAGUCUGAAGACUGACUGAACAAGGACCAAGUGGACUCAGAGACCAGAGAACACUGUAGAAUUGGGUUUUCUUUUUAGAAAUUUACCAAUGAAGCAGUCUGGCCUCAAACUUGUUUUUCUUGAUAUAAAUGAUGCAUUUUUAAUUCUCUUAUUCUGUAUUAUCCAUCUUCCAGUGCCAUUCAGUCGUCUUUGUGGACUUAAAUGCCAAUUUUAUAAUGCAGAAAUCUCUCUUGGGUGAUUUUUCUCUCAUUAAAAUGUACCUCAAAGGGUUACUUUGACAUUUUGAAGUUCAGUGCUUCAUGCUGGUUGUGUAGUCGGCAAAUUGUUUCUGCCUUUGCCUCAAAGCUAUACAAAAUUCAUUUCUUGAAAUUCUUAACAUUUAACACAAUGUACAGCCACCAGCUAAGCUAACAUGUUAGCUUGCAGUCAGCAGUAUCCAUUGGUUUCAGGGUGGAAUGCUAACAACACUGUUGAGCUGCUGUUUGUUUAGCACAGCAGCCCCCCUCAUAUAUUAAGUCUAGUGUAUUACUUUCUUUCAUCAGAUGCUGGUUGUGUGGUCAGCAAAGGGUUUGUGUUUUGCCCCAAAGCAAUAAGAAAUGUUUAACAUUUAGCUUAGAAAACAAUACAUAUUACAAGCUAACAUGCUAGCUUGUGACCGCGGUAUCCAUUGGUUUCUGAUUGGAGUGCUAACAACACUGUUGAGCUGCUGUUUGAUUAGCACAGCAGCCCCCCUCAUAUUAUUCAAAGUCCUUGAAGAGGAAUAACAGACUGGAGUUCAAAAUGUCAAAGUAUUGCUCAAAGAGAUCUCGAAGGAUAAUACCAGUCAUUUUUGGCAAGGCAUACAUCAUUUUCCUGCAGUUAAUCAUGAAAAUGAAGUUUAAACAGCUGCUAAAACAUACUCAAAUAACUAUGUUUAAUACAAAAUGCUAUGAUUGCUUUUACUAAAUAUUUUUUACCUUAGUGCCAUUGAGCACCUAUAUGAUUUUUCAAUUGGCAGUUGGGUUUUUCCUCUUACUUGGACUUUAACAUGGCUAUUUUAUCACAUGCGUCGAUUAUCCAGGGUUUUAAGAGGCUUUAAGUGCAUUUUACACACAUUCAAAAUCCGUUCAAUUGUGAUGAUUAACAUAAAUCUAAGUCAGAUUGAUUCACACAAAAAUGUGGGUGGUAGUAAUGACCACACUCUGAGUAACACUUGAAAAAGUGUAUUCGAAACUUUAAAAUUAUCAAAUCUUUUUAAUUAACAUAAAUGUAUGUAAUGGGCCUCUAAUCAAAAACACUGGUAUUGUCGGGAAAGAGUCAGAGAUUCCUUUAAGGAUUAUGAGCAAUGUGGUCUUCAUAUUGAAGAUCUCAAUGACAUCUACUUUGAAACAAUGAAUAGAUAAAGUAUGUUUUGAUUACUGUCCUGUGUGUAGGCUAAUCUGUAUUCAGUAUUCAUAAUAAAGAUACACACCAGUGUUUACUAUCACCGACUCAUUUUUCUGCUUAUCAACAUGUCUGCCGAAGUCAUUAUCACCUCAGGCGGAGCGUGACAGCUACAACAAAUAUACGUGGACGUCAUUGUUUGGACGUCAAAGGAAGAUCCUCUCUGACCUGAAAGUGAAAAUCCAUAUCAUUUACCUGAUGACAGGACGAUCUGUCCCAGUAACCCCAGUGACUUUUGUCCCAAAUACAAAGCAAAGCCAAAUUU